AUGGUGUCCGAGAACGCAGCAGGAUCGACAACGGCGUCGGAUUCCGGAAUCUUGUUAGCGGAUGUCUUAGCUGUCCGCACCCCCCAACGGAGGGUGGCGAGUCCGAAGCCGAACUGGACGAUCUGGGCCCUCGACUUUGGCACCUUCCUGACGGAAUUCUACCCGCGUCAUACCUUCCGCCCUCAACAACUAAAUCUCCAGCGGGCGGAAGGGGCGAUCCGCAUACCGGGCCACUGCCUGCUCCGGUUCAUUGACCGCUCGCCCACGUCUCUCAUGUUCUUUGGAAGGAGCAACCUCGACCCUCUGAUCCUCUCCCUCCGGCCGCUGACGCUCCAUCCUCGUCUCCAGCCUAACCGAUCCUCACCUUCUGAUCUUGGCCUCUUCCCGAAGCCGUCGUGCGACGCCCCGCAUGUGCUCCACGACCGGCACGACCGGCACGACUGGCACGACUGGCACGACUGGCACGACUGGCACGACUGGCACGACUGGCACGACUGGCACGACUGGCACGACUGGCAAGACUGGCACGAAAAUCGUAGGCCUCUCGACGUGCUUUGCUACCUGCUCGCCGACGGCUUUUGGCGGACCGAAUGUGCCCUCGUCCCGUCUCCUAACCGCGCCAUGUCGUCGACGCGCCCCUCCAACGCACCGCUCGCCGUCUCGCAACCUUCGGCGUCGGUCUGCUCUUCCUCGACCUCCUCCUCGACCUCCUCUCCGUGGCCGAGCUCAGGUUUGAGCGCACAGGUCGGCGCGAAACGGGGUCGAAGGAGCAACCCCAAAGUAAAGACGGGUUGCGCCAACUGCAAACUGAGACGCAUCAAAUGCGACGAGAAACGCCCGGCUUGUUCGCAAUGUCUCAAGAGCAACAAGACGUGCUCGGGAUAUCCGCCCCCUAGUCGCGGUGACCGGCUCCUUGCCGAUGUCCGGAUUGCCCCCAAGCCCCCAGGAGCUGCGCAGCCGCUGCCGGUGCCGGCCCAUGCUCCCGCUGCCGCUCUGCGACUGGCAACCGUGCUUCCGCCGCGCCGCGCCCGUCGUCGUUCGCCAUCCGCCCAUGCAGUCCCUCCGCCGAGCAUGACGCCCUCGCCAACCACCUACCAACCCUCCGACGGGUUGCAGCUGCACCAUGCGGAUGUCUUGUAUUUUGAUCUCUUUCGCCUGCAAACCGCGUCCGAGCUGUCGGGAUACUUCAACUCGACCUUCUGGGCCCGGCGCGUCGUGCAGGAGUGCCACUCGGAAAAGGCGAUUCGCCAUGCCGUCGUCGCCCUCGGCGCCCUGUACAAGACGCUGGAGCAGUCGAGCCCGCCGGCGUCUCCGACGACCCCCGGCAUGCCGAGCCGGAUGGGUUCCGUCAUGGCCCACUGGCAGGUGGCCGUGAAGCAGUACUCGGAAGCUUGCAAUGAGAUGCUGCUGCUCAAGGGAGACAACCUGCGCUCCCACAGGACUCGUCUCAUGGCCAGCGUUCUGCUCGCCUGCUUCGAUUCCUUCAUCGGUGACCACCGACAAGCCAUUACGCAGAUUCAAACCGGCCUCGGCCUGCUGGAGCAGCUGCACACGUACCAUCCCCAUCAUCGAUCGCCAAGCCCUGACGGACACCUCGAGGAAGACUUGGUCGUCAUCUUCACCCGGCUGGCGAUCCAAGCCAAGUCGUACGACAUGGCCUUUCACUUUCCGCAACCCUACGUCAUUCGACUCACCUCUCCGAGUCGGGCCGCCACCGAACCACCAACGUCGGAGACGAGCAGCUCGUCGGCCUCGACGCCGCAGCCGACGGUGCCCCAUCGAUUCGAUACCCUGGUGGAGGCGAGGCAAGCGUCCGACAUUCUUUGCGAGAAGCUCCUCCGCUUCAUCGAACGCCUGCAAAUCGCAAAGAACAAUCCGAGCAACGUGCUGCCGGCAAACUGGAGGCAAUACGGCUUGGCCUUCAAGGAUGAGCUCGACUCGUGGUCCGAAGCGUUUGAGCCCAUCCUUCGCUCACGCUUCGAUCCGGCCAUCGGCCAUCUCGAGAGGUCGGGCACUUGCGCCUUGAAGAUGUUCCAGAUCAACACAAACAUUUUGUUCAUGAUGAUGUUUUGCGACACCGAGGUCCAGUUUGACGGCUUCAUGCCGCACUUCAAAGCCAUCGUGGACCUAGGUUGGGAGGUUGUUGGCGCCGAUGAGAAGAGAGCCGCGACGGCCUGCAAUCCGGGCUCGGGCCAUUGCCACCACGAACACCACGUAACGAAGGGGGGCCUCCGAGCAGGCAAGUUUGCCACCCCCCAUAUCAAGCCCAGUUUCGCGGCCGACCUGGGCAUUGUUCCUCCCCUGUUUGUUGUCGCCACCAAAUGUCGCGACCCCAGCCUGCGCCGGCAAGCCAUCCAGCUUUUGAGAAGCAGCGCGAGACGCGAGGGCAUGUGGGACAGUGAGCUCGCGGCCAACAUCGGUCAUUGGAUCAUGCAGGUCGAGGAGUAUGACGAGCAGGCCCCGCGAGGCGCCGUCCCGACGAGGCCGAUACCCGAGGAGAAGAGGGUCAUGAUCAAGACGGUCGAUUUCGACCUUCGCGCCCGGUUCGCCGAUCUUCGCGUCGGCACAAGGGCUGUCGAUGACGGAUGUCCAGACGAUCGAUUCCGCAACACGCGCAUCACGUGGUGA